AUGGAAUAGGAUCUCAAAGGAGCUGUCAUAUAAUCUCUGUAGACUACUGAUGAUACUGCAAGGACUAAGCGGCCUUACAACAAAAUUUCUUCAGAAUUGCGUGCAUAAAUUUUGCAUGCAUUAACUGUGGAGAAAAUCCCUCUUUCCGAAGUGGCUUAAAAGUUCCAAACUAAACCUUGCACAUGCAAAGCCAUUCUGCUUACUUAUGAAUUAGAGGGGAGAAGCGAGAAGAAAACUUCUAGAAGAGAAAGAGUUGAAAUUGAAUCGAAAAUUAGAAUUGUUAUUUUGGACCCUUCCGGAAAUAAGCAUUAAACUUACGAAAAUGCCAAAUAUUCAAAAUUAUAUACAGAGGACAAAGAACUAAGUGUGAAUGAGGAAUUCAACAUCUAAAAGAAGGUUGUUUAAGAAGUUACUCAGCAAUUAGGCGAAUUCCAGACUAGUUGCUACCAUUUACAGUCCCAAUAGAGUUAAACAUAAAAUGAUGAGCGUGCCCCUGAUAAUAUCUUAAGAGGAUUAAAUAUGGGCUUGCAUUUAGUGACUUCCAAAAUUAGAGAAGGCUAAAUUGCAUUUAACAAGAAAACCACUAAAGAAAACAUUAAGCAAAACAAUCAAAUUAAUAUUAAUAAUAAUAAUAUUAAUAUUAAUAAUAAUUGUAAUAAUAACAAUAGUAAUUAAACUAAUAAUUAUAAUAAAAUUGAAAAUGAAAAUGAAGUACCAUUUUAAAUAAAUUAUACAUAAAUCUAAUCAUUUCUUAAGAAUGUUGAAACCAAAUCAGAAAGCAAUCCAUAUAUUUUAGAUUAAUUGAACUAGUUGACCAAUCAAACUAUUUUUUAGAUGAAACUAAUUUAAAAAAUUUAAUAAAGAGACUCUUAAAUAAAGCAGUUUCAAUAGCAAGUAGGCAUGAUCAUUAGAAAGUGUUUUGAAUGCCAAUCUUGA